AUGACACCAAGCUCGAAGCUCCAACAUACUGAUCAAAAGCCCUUCGGUUUCGAACUUGAUCAGCAAUCUAUCAGUGUUCAAAGAAAUGCAAAGACGGCUAUGACAAGUAGCAGCGAUGGUUGCUUCAUGGUCCGUGACAAUGUCCUACUGACACGUGUGCCGGCCAACAUCAGCGUUACUCCAGCCACUGGUGAAUCAGCUUUCAUCGGAGCCACCUCUGAAAUUCCCAGCUCUCGCCAUGUCUUCUCUCUCGGAGUUCUUGAGGGAUACAAGUUUAUGUGCCUGUUCAGAUUCAAAAUCUGGUGGAUGAUACCGGGUUUUGGGAAUUCCGGAUGUGAUGUUCCGGCAGAGACACAAAUGCUUCUCUUGGAAGCAAGAGAUAAGUCUAGUAGUAAUAGUAGUACUCCCGACCAAUAUCGAUUUUCAUCCGAGUCUGAGGAGCCAGAAAAUGCUGAGAGCAACAGCACUUUCUACAUUCUAUUAUUGCCAGUCUUGGAUGGAGCAUUCAGGGCAACUUUGCAAGGCAACACUGUCAAUGAGCUUGAGUUUUGCGUUGAAAGUGGGGAUCCUGAUGUUCAAACCUCAACAGUAACUGAAGCAGUAUUUGUGAAUUCAGGAGAUGACCCAUAUAAGCUCAUUAGGGACUCUAUCAAGAUUCUAGCAAAGCACAAAGGUACAUUCAACUAUUUAGAAGACAAGAAGGUACCAGCACAUGUAGACUGGUUUGGAUGGAACACAUGGGAUGCAUUUUAUAACGACGUUGAUCCCGAAGGAAUCGUGCUGGGACUCAAAAGUCUUUCUGGAGGAGGAUGCCCUCCGAAAUGUUUGUACAUCGAUGAAGGAUGGCAGACUAAAGUAGUUGAAAAUGAAUUUGAACUAACAGAAAAGGCAAAGUUUGUGGCCAGGUUGGUAAGCUUAGAAGAAAACGAUAGAUUCAAAGGCUACCCCUCGGGAAAGUCAUCAUUUCCUAAUCUCCACGAGUUUGUGAAAACCAUCAAAGAGGAACAUGGACUGAAAUUAGUAUAUGCAUGGCACGCUUUACUUGGUUCGUGGGGAGGGCUACUUCCAACAUCUGAAGCGCUGAGGAAAUACAAUCCCCAAAUUAAAUCCGUAGUUCAGUCUCCUGGUAACAAAACAAACAUCAUAUGUGAAACCCUCGAUCCAAUGGAGAAGCAUGGGAUCGGAAUGAUUGACCCUUCGAUGGUUUAUAAAUUUUACAAUGAUCUCCAUACCUACCUUGCAAGUUGUAAUAUAGACGGAGUGAAGGUGGAUAUUCAGAAUCAAGUGGAACUCCUUUCUUCUGGUUAUGGAGGCCGUGUUGCAUUGAUGAGACAUUUCCAAGAAGCCCUCGAAGAAUCUGUCAUGAGAAAUUUUGGCAGCAAUAACCUUAUUUGUUCCAUGAGUCUUAGCAAUGACUACAUUUACAGCUCAAAGAAGAGCGCAGCUUCAAGAGUGUCGGAGGAUUUCAUGCCACGAGAAAAAACAUUUCAAACUUUACAUGUUGCUGCAGUAGCUUUUAACAGUCUUCUUAUGGGAGAGAUUGUUGUACCAGAUUGGGACAUGUUUUUUAGCGACCACUUCACCCGGGAGUUUCAUGCUGCAGCAAGAGCAUUGGGUGGAUGUCCGAUAUAUGUAAGUGACAAGCCUGGCAGCCAUAAUUUUGAUGUCCUCAAAAGGCUUGUACUGCCUGAUGGCUCUAUUCUAAGAGCUAGAUUCGCAGGCCGCCCUACUAGGGAUUGCUUAUUCAGUGACCCCGUGGUCGAUGGAAAAAGUCUGCUAAAGAUUUGGAAUUUAAACAAGUUAUCUGGAGUUGUUGGUGUUUUCAAUUGCCAAAGAGCCGGGAAGUGGCCACCAAUUGCAGGUGCUGAAUAUGUGCCCCCCUUGGAAUCUGCAUUGCCUCUUAGAGGCCUGGUCUGCCCCAAAGAUAUUAAUAUGCUUGAAGAUAUUGCAAAUGAGAGCUGGCAAGGAGAAUGUGCAGUAUAUGCAUUCCGUUCAGGUAUUGUUUCUGUACUGCCAAAGAAAGACCAUUUUGAAGUAUCAUUAAAUGUGUUAGAAUGUGAAGUUUUCACCAUAUCUCCUACUUGGGUUUUUGGUGAAAACAUUCAAUUUGCCCCAAUAGGGUUGCUUGAUAUGUACAAUUCAGGAGGAGCACUUGAAUCUCUAGAUGUCAGUAUCAAUGACAUGCCCAACUUUGUUGUAAAGGUUCAAGUCAGAGGAUGUGGUCGAUUUGGAGCCUAUUCUAACAAAGAACCAAGGUCUUGUCUGGUGGACAACAAAAAGGAGUUUAUAAUCUACAAUUCUAAUAAUGGUUUGUUGGUACUUGAACUUCAAGGCGAUUGCAAAGCAAAAGAGAUCGAGGUCAUGUACUGA